UUCUUCCUUUUCAGUCUUUGAUGUAUCGACUAGCAAAUUGCUAUGCAAGCGAUUAAUUAAACACUACAGUGAUUUUCAACGACUUGUCAAGACGUCCCAGUCUUUGUUUCUUUGGGUGACAACCGUACUAAAAGGGCGAUUGAGGUUGAAAGCCGCGAGAGUGCUUGCUCGGCAAGUCAUUUUGACAGACAGUUACCGAUUAAUUCUACUCGUGAUGGCUGAUAGGGUUCCACGACGCAGCAACAAUAUCAUUUUGUCUGCCCAGCAGCUUGAUUACAAUGCAAGUAUGGCUCGUGAUCUGAACAAACGCGCGCACAAUCGCUUACAACUUCACAAGGGAAACAUAGAGGAACAUCAGACAGCCAAUUUAAACUCCAUGAAUUACGAAAUGAGGCGAAUCAAACACGAGUUGAAAGACAUCGCGAAUUCUUCGGGAACUUUAGAUCAAUUCGGUGAAAAAAUGGCGAGUAAAGCCAGAAAUGAUACAGCAAGAAGGGGAAAAAAGUUUAGGAGAAUGGAAUCUGGGAAAAACCUGCGAAAAGGCAAAAUGUCGGACUUGUCAACCAAUGCCAAUACGGACGGCAACAAAGGAAAGGAUCGAGAGGCACAAAAUUCGGACAUUUCACGUACACGACGAAAAAGUUUAUCGUUACCAACGUUACCCUCCAUGAACAGUACGUCUGUUUUACCUUCUCGGGUUCCUCCAGACCUAACCUCAAGGACAAAUACCGAGUUUGCAAUUAGAGAAGCCCAGGCUAACUCUUCGCGUUUUUCAUCGAAGCUCAAUAAAGAAACUGCAAAGCGACGGCAAUCGAGGAGAAAACUGAGCCUUGAGGCUACGACGUCAUCGGGUCAAGCAACUGAGCAACCGAUAUCUGUUUCUGUAACAGAUACAAGCGGUGAAACCGAGAGACUUCGACCUGCCUCGCCACGAGGGGCUCCAAAAGCUGACUCUCUUUUGGUAAAUCUCAGCCUUGAUGCUGUUAAAGACAGGAUUCAAAAUAGGCUUUCUCAACCACCAAAUCAAUUUAUCGACGAUGACAAUGAAGACUCUGAUAUAACGCCUUAUAUGCACGUCCCACCGGACGGUCUACCAAGAACAGUGUACCUCCUCCCUCCUUUGCAAGAUCUAUUACAAGAGGCAAAGAAAGCUAGAUACGUACGGAGACCUAGAAAGCCUUUUCAAGUAGUGGACAAAGACGAUCCAGAAAGGGAGUUGGGAAUUGAUGAAAUAUUUAGUAAGAAAGGAUAACUGAUCGGCAUCCAAUAUCGUUUUUUAUAUAUGGAAUCAAGCGUUAAGUUUGAAUACUACUGUCUAUCACAAAAUGACAUACUAAUAGAGAAUUAGUUUGUAAAAAGGGUUUUAUGCCUUUCAGAUACACACAAAAGUAAAUACCCACAGCGGAGAAAAAAGAUCAAGAUUGAUUUAGUCUCGUUAUGGGAAAAAAAAGCAGUUGAAAAAAGCGAGUCAAGUGUGACGCCGGAAAAUAGUAAGUUUACCUUGAACCUCGGAUCUAAAUAAACAAG